CAGUAUUCUCUAAAAUAAGGAUGUGAGACAGGAGCGACGGACGAUACAGACAGCUGCAAGACCUCAGACAGCACAUUAGUGUUUGUGCGAGCCUGUGCUGACAUGAACUAUCUCCUUUACUUCAUUCACGCGCUGCUGUCCUGUUGGGUUGUGGGACUGGCCGCUUCUGGCGUCGAUGGACAGCAGGUCUGGCCAGUGCCUUACAAGCGACUUGACCGACGUCCAGAUGUUGAUCCCUACUGCCAGGCUUUAUUCCCGUUCUGCCCGAGCGGAGCUCCAGACGGCCAGAUGCCCGUCAUGAGAGACUCCGACCUCGUCUCGGUCUUCAGGCUGCAGACUCCGGUGUGGGAGUUCAGAUACGGAGACGUCUUGGGAAAGUUUCACAUCAUGCAUGAUGCCAUUGGCUUUGGAAGCGCAAAAACGGGGAGAAACUUCACCAUGGAGUGGUACGAGCUGUUUCAGCUGGGAAACUGCACUUUUCCUCACGAGAGAGCGGGCAUGAGCGCGCCCUUCUGGUGCAAUCAGGGAGCCGCGUGCUUCUAUGACGAGAUCGAUGACGUUCACUGGAAGCAGAACGGCUCUCUGGAGAAGAUAGGAGAGAUUUCGGGUGAGAUGUUCAAUGAGAUGGCUCGCUGGGUUCAGGAGGACAAUGAAACGGGUGUUUAUUAUGAGACUUGGACAGUAAAGUCAGAUGCUGGUGUGAACGCCACAACGUGGUUUGAGUCGUAUGAUUGUUCUCAGUUUGUGCACCGCACGUAUAAGAAAUUACUGGAUAUGGGUGCCGACCUGUCCAGCCAAACUCCCACAUCUUACACCAAGAUCUAUCUGUACAGCGGAGAGCCGCUCUAUUUGGGAGACGACUCCAUCUUUCAACAGUCUUCCACACGAGAUCUCGCCACAGACAUCAAGAAGUUCUACCACUCGUUCCGCUCUCACCAGUCAGUCGUAGAAGUGAUUGAGAGUCUGCUGGAGGCUUUGGAAAAGAUGGUCCUAGAGAAGACCUUCUAUUUCUACUACAACUCUGAAUAUUGGAAGCUGCCGAUGAAAUAUCCUUACAUUAAAAUAAACUAUGAGGAGAUUCCUUUACCAUAACCACCAUAUUCUUUAUUCUUCAACAACCAUCAAAUUGUUUUUGCUACUAAAUAAAAUUGCAUUUUAAAUUUUCUAUUUCCAUUCCAGAUGAUGUCCGAUUUAUUAGAUGUGUUAACUUAUACUAACGCAAACAUAAUUUUUUACGUUUUUUUGUUGUUGCUGUACGGCACAUUUAUGAAUAAAUGAUCUGCAAAACAUCCACACUAUGUUUCACACAAUGUUUGACAUGCAAAAGAAAUGUGAUGCUUUCAUAUUCGCAAUACAAGCAAUAUGCUCACUUGCUUCAGAAGCAUUGCUACUUGUACAUUUUUCUAAGCUCUGGUUUACAUUGAGCACUUCCAAAAAGCCAGUCUAACAAAGUUUUUUUUUGUGUUUCAAGUUGGCAAGCUAUGCGCUGACUAAAGCCUAGCGCGUGCAUUUUAAUUUGUAUGUGAACUACUGGGUUGUGGCUUCUCUUUACUGAUCAUUUUCAAGAAUAUUUCACUUUCAAAUGCUGGCAGGAACCUUAGAUUACUUAAUUUAGUUGCUAAAACAAUUUGCAAAAGCUAAAACCGCUUGAAUUCUGGAUAAUGGGCAAAGAAAAACUAUUACAUGCUACUGACUUUUUAUAAACUAUAUAAUAUGCAUAUAAAUCAUGGAGCAUCUCACUCAAAGCUAAACUAUCAAUACAAGCAGAUUAAUAAUUUUAAAAAGGAUAUCAAUAAAUUACACUGAUGAUCAUCUGUAAUUACAAGGGUACAAAGAUCCAUCGAGGAGUAAUUCCCACUCGUCUGAAAGAGAUCAGCACAGAUGCACGUCAAACCUCCACAGAGGGUGCGCGAGAAAGAAGUAUUUCUAUUUAUAUCAAACACACAGAAUUUUAUAUACAGACACGUGGGAGUUCCUUCUUAAAGGAAAAUGUUCUCUGCUUCACUCCAAUACUGAAUCAUAUUGAACUGAAACGAAGGGGUGCAUGCGAACGCAGCCAAAUCAAGCACUGUCUGCAUAUCCAGACUAAUUCAUUCAUUAUAUGGUCGCAUCCCAUUCAGUGUGUCAUUGCACAGCAUUCUUCAUGCAAUCUAAUAGAAACCAAUCAAUGCUUCAUUGUAUCCCUAAAAUUCUUUGACUAUUUUCUUCCAAAUUUUGGGACACAAGUGUACUGUGAGCCAAACACUGAUGCUUUCAUUUCCUUCCUCUCUGACAUACCUAAGACCGUGAAAAUAUGCUGUUAUUCCUAUUAUUCUGCACCCUCUUCCCUGCUACACCAAAAUAUGAGCAACAACAUGCUCACCUGAACCACCAGAAAGAAAUAUUUCAAUUUGGUAUAAGGUGCAUACUAUCUUUGUACAAAAGCACUGUCAUACCAUACGUAUGUAAUACAAAAUGAAUCACACAAAAUAUGGUUCACUAAACCAAAAGCCCAACCCAGAUGGCUGUGCACUUCUUUUAAACGUAUAUUUGUGUUGGUGAUGAGAGGCCACUAGUUAGUGAGGAAACCACUCUCACUAGUGUUCUGGCUUUUCAUGCCACUAGGAGGAGCUGCUGAAGACUCACAAACCAGCUAUAGAUUGAUCAGUAUAAUCAAAACGAGAGAUUCUGGGACGGGCUCCAACAGCCCUGUGGACAGGCAUUUUGGAAAUGGAUGGUUAAUUGCUUAAAACGCUUUUAACUAAAUACCACUGUUUGUGCUCUGAUAUAAGAAUGAUUUUACAUGAGAUUGAGUUUGGAAAUAUGGUACAAUGUCGAGCCACUGAAGACGAAACGGACACAGAGAGCCCAUUCAUCAAAAUAAGGAAUAAUGAAUAUCUGCAUCUAAAAAGUUUUCAGUUUCUUUUCUAAAUUAAUUUUUUUUUUUUUCUCAAAAUAAUCUGAAAGUGUAACAGUGGUGGGGCAUGUACAGCAAUCCUUGAUUUAGUUUCAUAAAGGAAAUGUCAAGAGGAAAGCUUCCAAAAAAGAUAAAUUAGUAAAUCUUACAAAAUGUCCAGAUUAUACUACACCUCAAAAAUCAAAACUACAAAGCUAUUUUUCACAAAUAAGCUUAAUCUUAUUUGGUUUUGCAUUGUUAUCUGAAUUGUGAAAUAUUUAGAUCCUGGCAGUAUUAAAUUUAUAGAUCAUAGUGGAUUUUGUUGUGCUGCCUUUAUGCUGAUUAAAUAACAACAGAACUGUAACAAUUACUUUAUUACAGUAAUGAGAAUCGAAUGGGAUUAAUAAAAUCAAACAAUCUCAAAGAGAUGAUAUUGAGAAUAACAGGAAAAAUGCUUAAUUGUUAUUUAUGGUAAAAAAUUAAUGGUCCUUAAAUGGGCUUCAUCUCUUUUUGAUGCACCAUCUAAUUCAGUAUAAUUAUGAUGUUUUGUGUUUUAAUAAUAAGGUAAAUUGUUAUGAGAUUUUUUAUAAGACUCAUUAAAUGGAGAUUUGUCACAACAUGCCAUUAAAGAAAUGGUUCACUCAAAAAUGUAAAAUCAUUUACUCACCCUCCUGUCAUUCUACAAACCUGUA